ACAAAUGUGAGGGAAAAAUCGAUUUAUUACAUGCUGUCAUUAGAUUAAAAAAUAUCCCUAAAACUACAAAAUCAUCGGAAUUAUUUUAUUAAUAUCAAUUAUAUAAAUUAACAAAAGUAUUUGGUUGGAAUUGAUGAAACAUUUAAAUAAUCUGUUUUAUUCCUCCUAGGGGUACACAGAUAUAUUAUUGUUUUAGUUAAAGAAUAAUAUUUCCUUAGUGUUGCAUACAGGGCUGAGAAAAUAAAGACCAAAACCUCAUCAAAACGAGAUCACUGCCGGAGAAUCUUUUCAUGAUCAGUUGAUCAGUGAAUUUUAAAUCACAUCGAUCAAUAUCGGUACUGAUCUUCCGUCACACAAUGGGUAGUGAUUUUGAGCUAAAAUGAUUCUUGAUUUAAGUAAGUUCAAUCAUUGGAUGAUUCGAUAAGCUUUGAUGUUGGUGGAGGAAAAUAACAUAUGAUCAAGAUAAGACAUGACAUGAUUUUCAUUUUCGAAUUUACAAGAAGAAGCUUUUACAUCAACAAAUACACAUUUUCCUAUAGAAUGUAAACGUUUAUUGUGGAAAUUUUUUCAGGAAAUAGGGCAAAGCAGUAAUAUAAUUAGGUAUUUCAAAAAUGCGCUGAUUGACGCAAAUAUUGGACGUCACAUUCCAAACCCCCCCCUUCCCCGUGUCCCAAAGGUCCCUUUUAACGAAACAUCUCCCUCCCCUUUGCGGCGUGACGUCUUUUAUGGACAGCCCCUUAUCGCACUCCAAACAAAAUUCCAUGAGAUUCAGCUUGAUUAAAUUUAUAUCAUAUGUACUAGAACAGUUCAUGAUAACGGGAUACAACCAUAAAUGAAGAUUUUUCGAAUAAAAAAGUUGAGCUUCGACUAAUAAAACGUUCGAACUGCAAGCACAAUUUUAUAGACUAACAAAGAAGCCAGUUUCAGGCAAUUUUGCUUCGUUGGUCAGUUAGUUGAUUUAAAAACUUUUUUCGAUCAACACUGGACAUAGGCAUGGCGACGACGGUUUUGCACCUUACUCAAGAUCACAAUCCGUUCUAAUUUUAUAUCUUCCUUCAGAUUUGGUCAAGCUCCUUUUAAUUAUCGAAGCUGUAUUGAAUUAUUGGUUCCCAAGUUGUUGUUCCAUAGUACUCCAAAAACGAAACUACUUGGGGUUGGAUUCCCUGUAUAUGUGAGUCAGGGCCAGCGCGAAGAAUCAAAAACAAACUGAUUGCUUCAUUUGUAGCGUCUGUCAACAUGCGCGUUCAGCUACCUGCCUCCGUGAGCGAGAAUUACGAUACCUUUCGGUAUUCCAUUCGUAGCGAACCACAGCUGUACGCUAAUAUCUGCUCACCUGGUUUGAUAGUGUGUCGUUUUAUGAAUGCGGGAGGUGUACCUCUCCCCAUGGUGCUGUGCUAUUACAUCCACGGCCCGUUAUGAAUGACUACUACUACCAGAAAACGCAGUAACGACGACGAUGACGGCGACGGGUGUCGAAGUCAAUGGAUGACUACCGCUCUGGAAGUCAUUAGGCCAGCAGUGCCUUUUGUUAUUUUAUAUAGACUAGAGCAGCGUGUCGCGACAGGCGAUAUGACCUUAUAGCCUACGCUGUCCACCGGCUUAACUGUAUUCUACCACUGAUUUCGGCUUGUAUAGGUGAAAUAAACGGAUGUAUAUGUGACUUAAUUGCACGGUUUCGUGAAUCUUGUUGACAGCCGAGCACCGUAGUAUGGAAUCAAAACGCGAAGAGUGAAGAAUCGAAGCAGCAACCACCGCGAGGGUGUGAUACACCUGAAGUGUUUAAAAUGAAUUCACGUGCUCGAAGCGCACUGUGUCUGUUGUUAGUAUGUAUAACGUUGAUUAACGGAACCGAUUCAACCAUUGGUGAGCCUUUGAAUAGCACCACCGUUAGUGAUGUAGAGAACAGUAUUGAAUCUUCUAAAAAAUCAGUAACAAAUUCAACGGAAUCUGUGAAUUUAACGGAUAUGUAUACGUCGUUUCCGUCGGCUGUGCACACGUCAGAUGCAGUAGUGAUUACCACCCAAGAAACGACAGAGCCGACCACUGCUGUGAUUACCACAUCAACUACGACUUUAACAAUGACGUCAACGAUUAAAACAGUUGCUGCACCUAGCAUUUCUUCGGACGAAGGCUUCAGUUCAAUUCCUGAUAAAUCACCAAAUUGCUCUCAAUUUCCGCUCUCACCACACCAGCCAGUAUACGACAAAGACUCUCUGAUCAACAAGUGCUGCCCGUUUGGUGAAAUAUUCGAACCAGCAGGAGACGGUCGCUUCCGGUGUACUUCCGGACAGCGCACACUGGAUGUGGAAACCAUUUAUGCCGUGUUCUACGGAAACUCCGAAUGUAUUGAGGACAAGGAAAAUAAGUUGCAUUUCAACUAUCAACCGAACGACUCCUGCUUCGGAAACAAUCUAACUUUUCAGUACAGUCGGGAGCAAGGUGAUCAGCUGUUUGUGAUCCAGAACGGAUCGCUGUUGGUGCUAGAGGAGGGUGGUUUCAUGUCGGUGUUUGAUUGGUACUGCGUCGAGGUCGACACCGAAUCGAGACUGCUGGCAAAAGCUUGUGAUGAGGUGAAACCAAUUAUUUUGCGAACCACGGCUGUUCUGAUCUACAUUGGAAUGGUGAUCGCUUCGUUGACGCUACUUUUCACUUGUGCGGCUUAUGCUUUGGUACCGAUGCUAAACGAUACCUUCGGUUAUCUGUUAGCGGGCCAUACCGGAGCCUUCCUGGUGGGAUUGAUCUUGAUGACACUAGCAGUAUGUGGUGACCGGUGUAUCGAGCAAAGUAAUGUUGAUGUGCUCCAAAUAUUUGCUCAGAUAUUUCUGAUGUCAUCGAUUUAUGCCUUUGUUUUCAUGAACGUGUUCAACUACGCAUGUGCUGCUUACUACAUCCCUAACGGACUGAAAUUCGAUACCAAAAACAAAAGGGAUGUAUUCGUUUAUAUUGGUGUGUUCUAUAUCAUAGCGUUAAUACCUCUGUUUCUUCCGUGGAGGCGCUUUCUAAUGUUCCACCUUAUAUUGUACAUCUACUACCUCGUGACAGCUGUAGUGCUUUACUUAAGCCAUCAGACCAUUCGAUCGUUGGCAGAUAGUAAAUUUGUGAGGUUCACUGUUUCUCAGCAGAACUACAACGAACUGACUUACACCGAAGCGGUUAACGCUCAGCCACAGAUAAACGGGGAACGAUUGAAGGAUGUCAGAGGACUAAAUCGCCUCUGCACCAUUGAAGCCAUUUUCACUCUAGUCUGCUGGAUUAUAUUCAGUUCUCUGCAACGCAGCAUAGACAGUCAGCAUGAUAUUUUCCGGAUCGGAUGCGCUUACGCGAUCAUCUUCCAGGGCAUGCUUAUUGGAGUGCUAUUUGUGGGUGGCCGAAAAAAAUGGACAAUUAUUCGCGAGUGCUGGAACAAUUCCGGCUCGAUUGAUCUGAGGGCCAUGGAGAUGGAGCGGGAAAUGUUGACGCUAGAUCGAAAAACACCGCUUUCGUAAUAAAUCUCUAGAGGAUGCUUUCGUUUAGAGAAAUAUUGCUGAACUACCAUAUCUAUUUAGCCAGUUUUCGACUGAGUUCCUGAAAACAGGUUUUAUUGUAUUAGUUGGUUGAUAACGUAGAAUGGUAUUAAGGCAAUAUUUUCUCAUAACUCCGUGUGCAAACUGAGCCAUAGACGCACAUCAGUGUUGCCAAGGAUUAGUUUCGUUUUGGUAUACAACAUGAAAUCAUUACUCGAUCGGUUUAGUAGUAAAAUUGCGGAACAAUGUGUUCACUUGCGUCAGUAUGGCUUUCAAUGGCCAAAGAAAUACUUAAGAAAAAACGAUUUCAACAAGAAUACUGUCCAAGAAAAUAUGUUAUGUUUUUGGCGAGCAGAGUUUCGACCUCAAAUAAGAAUUAAACCAAAACAUUUAAUAUAAGUUAUAUAAAGUAGUGCUAAUUAGUUACAUACAUUUAAUUAUAGAAUAAAAUAAUAAAAUUAUUCUUGUAGAAGUACUUCAAUU